UGACGAACUAAGGCUGAGGUACUAAGCUCUAGUGCCGUUGACUUAACAAGUAAAUUCCUAGUAAUUCAUAGUUAAACACAAUCCUUUUGCUUUAACUGAUUGUACCUCUGAUUGUUCCCAACCAACAUCAAGAGCACCAACAAAAAAUUUCUUGAUAACAACCCGACAGUUUUCAGAGCCACGAUCGGAUUCUUACAAUUUUAGUAUAAAAGGAAUGAAGAAUUGCUUCAGGUCUCAGUUCAGUCGUUGUAAUUAACAAAAGUGUAGAAAUGGAAGUAAAAGUUUUUGUUUUAAUCUUAUUAUUCUUUAAAUCAUCGAAAGUACAAGCACUUGAUUGUGUCUAUAGUGACGUCACAAUUGGAGUUACAAAUUAUUAUGCAUGCAAUUUGAACAUCUACAAUCCGCUUGGAUUUGAUAAUUUUACAACAGUCGGUGGGGAGCAUUUGGAAGGAAGAACAGAUGAAGACGUGACUGCAAUAUUAGGAAGACCAACGUCUAAAACCUUAAAUAUUCCACGAAUUCUGUGUAAUGUUUUUUCGAAUGCUGUUUAUUUGGAUUACUCGUGGCUUGAAAUUUUGGCUAUUGGAGAGUCUGAGCUGAGAAGCUGUGAAGGCUUAGAAUUGAUCUUACUUCGAGGAAACAAAAUAGCAGAAGUUCAUGUGAAUGCUUUUUCUAAUAAUUUAAGGUUAAUAAGUAUCAAUUUUGAUUAUAAUAACCUACAAACAUUACCGGAAGGAUUAUUCAGCAGCUUGGUAAAUUUACAUACUAUUGAACUGUCCAAUAAUCCAUUUAUAUUAAUUCCUGGUGGAUUAUUCAAUGGUCUUAUCAACUUGAGAAGACUUCAUAUGGAAUCAGCUAAAAUUAGUGAAUUAAAUCCUCAAUGGUUUAUAACUUUAGUUGGCUUACAUAGACUUCUAGUCAGCAACAAUUUAAUAACAGAACUUCCAGAAGACAUUCUGUUUAACUUACCAGAACUUAGAUUUUUUGAUAUCAGUGGCAAUAGACUUUAUGACAAUAUAGCACCAGGUGUUUUCAGAUUUUCUACAAAUUUGAUGCAUUUACGCUUGACUAACACCAGAAUAACUAAGCUUAAUCCACAAUGGUUCGUAAAUUUCAGGAAUUUAUCGACACUUUUUAUCAAUUCUAAUGAAAUUGCAUCGAUUCCUGAAAAUGUUUUUGAGAACUCGAAUCUGACAACAUUGUGGACUUUUGAAUUAGGAAAUAAUCAAUUGACUGAAUCAACAAUACCUGAAAAUCUAUUUAGUGGAUUUCCAAAUCUCUUAAAUCUAAGAAUGAAUGGUAAUUCCAUUCAAAGACUCAACCCAAAAUGGUUUGAAAGAAUGUCACGUCUUCAAGUUUUAGAUGUAAGCUACAACAGAAUUGAUGAGCUUCCUGCUGAAAUAUUUACAGCAAUUGAAGGAAUCACUGAGAUUAAUUUUGAGAGAAAUCAGUUAAAGACUCUUGAUCGAAACUCAUUUGGAAAAUUAGCUAAUCUAAUAACAUUGAAUCUUGACAGAAACUCAAUUAAUGCAAUUGAUGAGCAAAUCUUUGAAAAUGCAACAUCACUGAAUAUCCUUUAUUUGUGGAACAAUAAGUGCUUGAAUGAGCGGUUCUUCAAUUUUGCUGCAAAUCGUGCAUUGUUCUUGAGUAGACUUAGAACUUGUAUGAAUAACUUUAGAUUUACUGUUGACGCUUCAACAUCAGUUGGAAAUGAUUAUACCUUCUUCUCAGCCCCAAGUCCUGGAAUCCAAUUUAGAGUGAAUUCCAGACAUGUAAUUCACAUCGCUUUAACUCCAUUUAAUUUUACAUGGUCUCCAAUGGUUGAAAUAGUCAUCGGAUGCUGCAACAAUCAAAGAACAAUAAUUGUCAGGAAUAAUUCUACAGAUGUUGCUAUUGUUCCAUCGCCUGGCAUAUUGAAUUUCGAUACAUGGACUGGAUUUCGAAUAACAUGGGCUAAUCAUGUCUUAUUAGUAUUUAAAGAAGGUCAAUCAUUCCCAUAUAUAGCAUAUACGAUGGAAGAUUUUUUCCAUAUAAAUUUCUAUGGAAUAAGAUCAGUUUUAACGGAUGCAAAUUGGAGUAUUCAACCAGUUGAAGCUGAUGGGUCGCUAGCUGAUGCGCAAGAAGUUUUAUCAAGCGAUGACUUAACAGCUACAGAAGAUGAUUGUGUAUGAAAUAAUAGAAAAUAUGCAAUUUCUCUUUCUAUUAAGUAACAUGAUAAUAAAUUUUACACCAAUUUUAU